AUGGCCAAGCUCGAGAAGUCUCGUGAGAAACCCACCAAGCUUAUCACUUUCAUUGGUGGCAUGAGCACCAUGACCACCAUUGUCUCUAUUCCAGGUGGUCUAGACGCCAAUGGCCAUAUCCGCUUUUGGGACCAAUACACGUUCUACGCCUUUUUGCAGAGACGACUUUCCUUCUCUUUGUGGCGAAUCACUGUCUCAUUUCCAGUGAGCCUGAUGAAUCUCUCACCCAAGCCGAGAAGAUCAAGUCAGUGCAAUCAACACUCGUCACUUCUCAAGUCAUUCUCUGGAUCACCGCCGCCAGUGCUCUUUCGACCUACAUCUCUGCAUUUCUCUUAG